AUGGUAGAGCGUAUCAGAAGUAAGAUUGUAGAGAUUGAAAGGAAAAAGAACAUUCGGGUUAUUAACUCUUGUGUCUCCGGAAGUCGUUCAUUCAAUCUUCAUAAUGAAAACAGCGAUAUCGAUCUUCGUCUGAUCUAUGUCGAUCAUCCUGAUUGGUAUUUCAAACUGAAUAAGGAUAAUGACUGUUUUGAAGAGCGUGAUGGUGAUUUGGAUAUUGUUGGGUUCAAUAUGCAUAAAUCCAUCAAGUCCAUCAUCGACAGUAAUGCCGCUUUCCAUGAGUGGGUAAAAAGCCCUCUUGUGAUUGAAAGAAGUAUUACUCCAAUGGCGGGUAUCGAGCACUUCUGUAAGAAGUUCUAUAACCCCCUGCGUGUUUAUCACUAUUACGAUAAAGUUGGCAAAACAACGAUUCGUGAACUUCAGGGCGAACGUGCUAAGUACGGUGAAGAUUCACUAACACCGGAAAUGAUAAAGUUGAUCACGUUGUAUGUGCGUUGUACUUUAUCUAAAACUCUCUGCAAUAGCUUCUCAUCCAUACCACUUAACUUUUCGGCAUUAGUCCAUGAUGCCAAAGUACCAGUAAGCCUUAAAGGGUUAAUCUGUGGUUAUAUGGAUUUCAUUGAUACCUAUAACGGUACGGGUAGUAUCGAAGAUGUCAAUGUGAUGUUAGGGUCAUUAAUGAUGUUCAAUACAGGUAUAGAUGAACGAAACAUUCAGGCUAGUGAAUUUGUUGAUCCUUCUGAGAUCUUUAAGUUUCAUCGUGAUCUUGUUAUCCGUCGUUGUGGUGUAUAA